AUGUUCCUCCCGCGCCUCCAGAAGUAUCCGGAUUGCAUCGUUUCGUCCUCCUUCAUCGCGGCGUCUCGGAUUACCCCCCAGAACAUAAAGUACCAAGGGACCAUUUUAGGUACCCUCUACUUGACACUCUGUCCCCUUCCCUCCUUCCUUUUACAUAUAUCCGACGUUGUUUCUGGCUUCCAAUGCAUCCCCAAGCUGAAGAGAAUUUGGGCCAUUUCCAUGAAACCCCUUCGAUUCGGAUGGUCCCCAGUUCAGCCAAACCCGGCGCAACAACGAAACUGUUCACGGCAUACGGACGUCAUGCUCGAUGAGGUCGACUCCCUCCAGGCUCCGAUCCCGUCCCCAACGGAAUUGACACGACAAGCUGACUCGGGUCUCUCCGGAUAUCCGUACCUCCUUCUGCCCCCCGUGUUUAUACUAGAUUUCCUGAUCCCGCCCAACGCCGCCUGGCGGCCUGGCCUGACCAGUGACAUCUACAACGACUCACCCCAUAGACUUAGGAACUCCCUCCUCCCUAGACUCCUAGAGGGGGAAGGGAUAUCCCGCCCGCAAAACGAGAAUUCGGACCAAUACUGGAAUAUUGUGGAAAAGUCGCAACGGUCCCCGGCCAGUCCUCGGGCUCUUCCACCCCUCCACCCGCCCCCUCCUCGCGUCUUUCUGCCCCUUCCCGUCCUGCCCCCCUUGCAUGCUGUUGGUCGUACCGUCGUACGGCCUUCCCCUAGUUCUGCGUUCUGCGUGCGAUGCAAUAUCGCAUGGGUGAUCCCGCUAAUGUCGAAUGGCCAGCAAGCUCUGAUGGCUGGCUUCCGGGGGCCGCGCUCCUCCCGCACACCGUCUUGGACCAUUAGGGCGAGACGGCCUCGAGGUGCUGCAGCCUGCUGCCCGUACCCCUCUUUCUUCUCGGCGCCCAUGGCUUACGUGCUCAUUCCCGCAUUUUGGAAAGGGGAGCUAGGGUCUUCAGGUAAGAUCAUCUUACAAGCGCGGCAUCCUCGUGGGAGCUUCCUAGCCUGGCUGAACUGCCCAGCCUCAUUCGCUUGGCACGGGCUUCGGCAACAACCGGUGGUCGUCAUGAAGCGUAAACCAGUGGCGUCCUAUGGUCCCGUGGUUGUGGGUUUCUUUGUCCCUCCCAUAAUGAACCUUGCCCAAAGAGAACAAGCUCUGAAUCCUUUUUUAUCUUUGAUCGUUCCUGGUGUCCGACUGACCGACUCCUACACCCCCCCCGAUGAAAAGUAUGAGUCGAAUCGUGGUCUAAGGGGGCCCAGCAAUUUAGUUGGCGUCAACCGCGUUUCUACGACUCGCUUGGACGCCGUCUUCUUCAGUCAAAACACCAAUGGGCUAGAGCAGAACCCCCUCUCUCCGACCCCUCUCCUUUUCCCCUCUCCUCGCACGAACGAUCAUACCCAGGUGCGGGUCAAUAGUAUGGACACGCAUCAUCCUUGGCACCACUUGCACCAGUGCUACGCCCGGACAAGAAUCGACAUUCCGGGACCCGAUGCGCCAAAUUCGCGAAUGAACAGCCCACCUCCCUGUCCCUGAUCCCCUGAACAUCUAUCUCUCAGGGGAACGAAAAGGUAGGAGACAGCAAGAGCAGAAAGUGGUGCCUUGCCCUGCCACGUAUCGGUAUAACCGCCCCGGCGCUUCCUUGGGCGGAAAAAAAAAAGGGGGGAAGUGUCUCCAGAACGGGAACGAACCCCAUGCCACGUUGCUUCUCUUCACCCCCACUGAUUCACCCGCC